UAUUUAGGAAAUCUCCUCUAAACCCCUUGUAUAAAUAAGCAUAGUGAUAGAUUUAGCUCUUUUCUUUUUCUUAAUUUGUUCAUCCAAAAUAUGAAAAGUUUUCAGCCAAAUUCAAAAUCCCACCAUCCAUCAAGGCUUGUAAAUCUCAUGAUAAUCUCCUGUUUUCUGUUUCUACUCUAUCUCCUGUUCUCAUUUCUCUUUUUCCCAAACUCAAAAAACCUGAAUUUAUCAGGUUCUCUACAGGAUUUAUCCUCCACAACAUCCCUUGAACAUAUUGUAUUUGGGAUUGCCUCUAAUGAAAGAUCAUGGUCCAAAAGGAAAGAAUAUGUCAGGCUAUGGUGGAGACCUCAGAUAAUGAAGGGAUGUGUUUUUCUGGAAGAAAAGCCACCAAAUUCUACAUCUUCUGAAAAUGAUCAAAUUUCUCUGCCUCCAAUAUGCAUUUCUGGUGACACUUCCAGAUUCAGAUACACCUUCAGGAAUGGUCGAAGGUCAGCGAUUCGCGUAGCUCGAGUGGUAUCAGAAACCGUGGCACUGAACCACUCUGAUGUUAGAUGGUUUGUUUUUGGAGAUGAUGAUACGGUUUUCUUUCCUGAAAAUUUGGUCAAGACCCUGUCGAAAUAUGAUCAUGGCUUAUGGUAUUACAUCGGGACAAAUUCAGAAAAUUAUCAGCAGAAUAAGGGUUUCUCUUUUGAUAUGGCUUUUGGAGGAGCUGGUUUUGCUAUAAGUUAUCCCCUGGCUAAAGUCUUGGCGAAACAUUUAGAUUCUUGCAUCGAUCGAUACCCUCAUCUGUAUGGCAGUGAUGGCAGAAUUCAUGCCUGUUUGACAGAACUUGGAGUUACAUUAACUCAUGAGCCUGGAUUUCAUCAGAUGGAUGUUCGAGGUAAUAUUUUUGGGUUAUUGGCCGCGCACCCGACUAGGCCGUUGGUGUCUCUCCACCAUCUGGAUGCAGUAAAGCCAAUUUUUCCAAAAAUGACAGCAAUGGAAGCUCUGAAACAUUUGCUGGAAGCCACAAAAGUUGAUUCCCAGAGGACUUUGCAGCAAACAGUUUGCUAUGAUAGAUGGUUUUCUUGGACACUUUCUGUUUCUUGGGGAUAUGCUGUUCAAUUGGUGGGGUUCAACGAAUUUCUGCCGGAUGCUGUGCGCAUGCAAGAGACUUAUGUACCCUGGAAAAGGGGUCCUCUGUAUGUUAACCAUAAUCUGAAUACAGCAAAAUAUCAGCCUGAUCCAUGCAAGAGGCCAGUUGUUUUCUUUUUUGACAGGGUUUCCUCUAGCAGAGAUGGAAUAGCAUCCAUUUACAAGAAAACGGAAAAUAAUUGUACUUUUGACAAAAUACAAGAAGUCAGAGUGUUUUCGAAGAAGUUAGACCUUGACAUUAAACAGUUGCAGGCACCAAGAAGACAAUGUUGUGACGUCUUGCCAUCUUCAGCUGAUAGGGUAAUGGAAAUCAAUAUUAGAGAAUGUGGAGCGGAAGAACUAAUUUAUAUGCAUGCUUAGUCCUAUUCUUUGGCUCUCUACCCUAGAGUUAGUGAUGCACAAUCUGUGAGCUAAGUGGGGCUGUGGUUAGGAGUGUAAACGAGUCUAAUCAAAUUGAACAACCUAGUACUAAGAUUGUUUGAUUAUUUUAAUGAGUUUAAGAUUUUAUUUAAGUUUGAUUUAUUUAAUUGUUGAAUUAAACAAGUUUUUAUCGAGUCGAACUCGAGUUGAGCUCGAGUGAUUUGAAAUUUUUACAUAUAAAAUUUAAUUUUAUAUUAAUCGAAUCGAGUUUGAGCUCAAAGUUUAUAAAAUAUAAAACGUUGUUCAAAUUUGAAUUAAUUAGUUGGCGAGGUAAACUUGAAUGAACACUUACCUUACCUAAUUGAGUUCGAUUCGAGUUUUGGAUUCAUCAAGGGAGCUUAGCGUGUGGAUUUAGGCUUACCACUUGAUUUAUCCUGUGGAUAUUUGGGUCUAGAAGAUUGAGCCCAUGAGUUAAACACUAGGCCCAUGUUAAUUUGGAAAAUGGACACAAUCAAUCAAGUCCAGAAGCCCAUAUGUCAAUUUGGGGUACUUCAACACUUGCCUCCAGGCUCUUGCUGGUGGGAUUGUAGUUUAUGUUUUACAAGUCGAGCCCAGGAAAAUUGCCCCUAACAGGUCCUUGUAGGAGAACAGGGAAGAAGGCUGAACAUUCAAGAGAUAGGAGAUGGAGGCCUUUCAAAACUUCUUCUAGGAUUCAUAUAAAACUCAAUUUUUUUUUUUGACCAUCUUUGUUCCAUUUAAAGUGUUAUACAUUCGUUUUGAAAUAUUUUAAAAUAUUUAUCAUGUUGAAAAAAAUCAA